UUGAUAUUUAAAAUGAUAUGAAACUCCUUUCUAACUUUUAAUCAAGAAAAAUGGCAGAGCCAGAGGGUCGUCGAGGGUUCGCUUGGCAAGAGGAUGAGGAAUUCCUUAGAAAAGUAGAAGUUGAGGUGCUUAUCCCAAAAAAGAUGAGGGAGAAAGCAAAACUACGAUGUUCAGAGUAUGUUGAUGAAUUCACUAGAUGCUGUAAGGAGAAAGGACUGACCAUGGCAUUUUCAUGUCGAAAGGAAAAUAGAGCACUAAAGGACUGUAUUAGUGGAUACUACCAGGAUAAGGAGUUCUUUGAAAUGUGCAAGAAAGAGUAUUUAGCUGAAAGGAAGGAAUUCAGGGAGACGGGAGUGAGACAGAAGGACAAACAAAAGGCAAAGACAGAAACAUCGAGAUGAUGAGGACAAAUCAUCCUGCCUUUGUUCGCUUUCUCAAACAUUCUUCAUGAACUAUUCUGUGAGAUUUUGGUGGAGUGAAUCUUUGCAUAGCAUUGAUGCUUUUAGAUGAGCUACAAUUAUCAAAGCAAAACUGCAAUUUGCUUUAUUAUUCCCAAUAUGAUGAUAAUGUGAAAAAGAUUGAAAGCAGGAAGACUAAAUUAUAUUGUAAGGAAAAUAAUGAUUGCAGAUUGCAGCACAAAUUUUUCUCUUCUAUUUGUAUAAAAAAAAGUUUGUUUAAAUUCUUUGGUAGUUUAUAUUUAGAUGUCCAAAAUACAAGAAAGUUAUAUAUCAGUGUGAGAAUAAUAAGUACUGAUAGUAAUAACCAAUUGAAGAAAAAAAAAGCAAAAGAAGAAAAGGCAUUCCCUCUUCUUUUUUUUUUUUUGGGGGGGGGGCAUGUCGGUGAUGGAAAUGAACAAAGUGAUCUCUCCCUAACAAUUAUCCCAAAACCAAUUGCAUAAAAAGGUUGCUGAAAAGGUUGUAUAUGAACAGUCUUAUGAAGAAAAAUAGAGAGCAAUAGAUUUAAUGGAAAUUUUGUUUUUCUUUAAAUGAGAAUGGAGACUUGUGUACUCUGUUAACUGGAUUUUAGAAUAAAUUGUGUGAGGUGUUGGCUAAACUCCCUUAUCAAUUGCUCUACAUGAUAUUUCUAAAGCGCCAUCAUGUGGUUAAGUGUAGAUAACAACAUUUAAGGGCUACAGGAUCAUCACCAUAAUGGAAGAAAAGGUUCCUUUAGGCGGGAUAAAGUUGCGUUUAUAUUUUAACAUUUUUCCUGACCGCUUUCCUUGCAAAUCCAGGGUGUAUCGUAUGUACAGUAUAGUUUUAUAGGGUAAUUUCAAUCAACCGCGAUUAUUCUAUUGAAAUUAGAUCAGGGAAUCGUAUCAUAACCCUCAUUGGAAAAAGGAAUUCUAUUAUCCAUCAAAUCAGAAUCUGAGCAUUUAUGUAUUUUGCAAUAUUAUCUGGAAUCUUUUUUAUAAAGUUUCCUUCAAUUUAUUUGUCUGUGGCAUUUAUUGUACUAUGUGAUAACUCUGUUUGCCAUCACACAUCCAAUCAUGUGAUCACUUAAAUGAUCAUUUAUUAUGAGCGGGCAAUAAGGAGCAUCCAUGACAGUAUUUCAUCUUUUCUUACAAAGUCAGUCUGCAAAGCAGGCACAUUAUUGCCCGUUUCUGAAGUCGAGUUUAACUUAGACCACGAUCUAAAUCUGUGCUAAAAUUAUGGGGAGCCAAAAAUUCAAAAUUUCUGUUUUACUGUUUUGUUUCCUUUUGCUUUCACAAGGCGGAAAAAUACUUCAAAAUACUUCAGCUAUCAUUCUCAGACAAUUAUGAACGAUUUGGGUGUCAUAUGAGUCAAUAAAUUGGAUGUGUAUUGUUAGGGAUUUGUGCCCCAAAUGGCUCUCCAUACUUAAACCACAACUAUUAACCAGGGUUUGAUUUAAUCCCGAGUUCAGAAUACGGGCCUAUGUAUUUUUAUGUAUUCGUACUCUAAUUUUUUACUAAAAAAAAGAAAAUUGAAUAUGUUGAAAGUCUUUGAUAAAAGAAGAAUACAUCUGUAAAUAAUUCUGUGAAAAAAACAAUGAAUUAAAAUGCAUAAUGUAAUGACUAAUUA